UGUUGUUGCAGCUGCUUUUGGCCAGCACAAUGCUGGUGAAUAAGAUCUCCGCCCAAGAAGCCUCAACGACAACAGAAUUUGCACCACGCGUUUCGGCCACCUGCAAGGCGGGCACCAUGAACAUUAAAGUGAAAUUAGAUGGACCCUAUAGUGGAGCAGUACAUGCCCGUGAUUAUCGUACCCCAGCCUGUAUGGCAAUGGGUGAUGGUUCAGAUUCGGUGGGCUUCAGCCUUAACCUUUUGGCCAAAGAUGGUUCGCCAGACUAUUGCGGUGUUCUAGUCAGUAACCGCACCGAGGAAAGGUCCAUUCAACUGGCGGUACGUGUCCACAAGACAUUGGAAUUGGCCGAUGAUAAGUUUUAUGUUAUCACCUGUGGCAAAUCGGGUUUUGGAAGAGACGACAACGCCCAUGUUAUCCUGAAGUUCCUACAAAACGAUCGUCGUGUUCGUGAGACAGUCUAUGGCCAUGAAUAUAAAAUUCGUGCUGAAUUCACAAAACCAAAUGGUACCCAUGGCAUUAAGGUUGGCAACUGUAUGGCUUUCGACAAAAAGAAUCUCAGUCUUCCCUUGAUUGAUGAGAGAGGAUGUCCCUUGGAUGGAGAAAUUAUUUCACGUUUUGUGCCAAGUCCAGAUGGUAACUAUGCCGAAGCUACCCUUAGAUCUAUGUUCAAAUUCCCUGAAGGUUCCGAAGUCCAUUUACAAUGUGAUGUGAUCCAAUGCUAUGGUCCCUGUGUUGAAGAUGAAGAUUGCAGUCAAAUUGCGGUGGCUGGAGUUGGUGGUGCCGGCGGAACCAAAGGUGGUAAUCGUAAAGUCCAUCCCAAUGAAGAGGGUUCAAGUAUUGCCGGUACAACAGUAUUUGUUUUGGAUCCCGCCAAGGCGCCUUACACAACUGUCGACUGUGAAGAUGGCAUUCGACCCACUUGGCUGCUAUGGUUGGCCAUUACCCUUGGUGUUCUAUUCCUUAUUAUGUUGUUGAUGAACAUAUUCCUAUGCACUGCCAUGAGCUGCAGCUGUGCCAAUACAGAGAUAAUCGAAAAAGAGCCCUCCAUCAUUGAAGAAUACGAUCCCUACAGAAGUUGGCAUGGUAGCCAAUAUGGUUCAAGAUAUUCGCUGCAUGGACGUGAUGCGCACAAAGGUUAUACCAGCGGCGGUUCAACCAUACAUUCCAAUAGGUCAGUGCCUAUGGAAAGUGAUCAUUAUGCCAUUGUACAUCAACGUCCGGGUAAUCGAUUGCCACCUGGUAGUGGUCCAGUGACACGAACACGUGGACCCAUGCACAGCUAGA